GUAGGAUUUUGGUGAGGACCUAUGGCAGACUCGCAACUACGUUCCAAUGCUUUCGAAAGGAAUACAAGUUUUCAAGAUAGCAGUGAGUGUGGUCAAAGUAAGGCAAUGAAAGGAGAUAGGUCUAGACGUUGUUGGUCAGACCGAGAGGAGGCUACGCUAAUAGCUGGAUUGAAGGAAUUGGUUGCAAUUGGGUGGAAUCCGAUAAUGGUUUUAGAGCUGGAUAUUUACAAUGUCUUCAUGAAGCAAUGAAAAAGGAAUUUCCAAGAACCGAUAUAAAGCCCCGUCCCCAUAUUUACUCGAAGGUCAAUACUUGGAAGAAGAACUACUCCUCAAUUUGUUCCAUCCUCGAUCGGAGCGGGGUAGGUUUCAAUGCACACGAUGAUUACAAAAUAGAGUGCGAGGAUGAGCAGUGGUCUCAGAUUGUGCAGAAGGACAACAACGCUAGAUACAUGCGCAACAAAUCUUGGCCUCUUUGGGAAGAAUGGAAAGAGAUAUUUGGCAAAGAUCGUGCUGUUGGUGCUCGGUCGAGAGGUGCAGCGGAGUCCGCUGCUAUGAUGCACGGGAGCAGGCCAAUGGAUAUGGAUGUCGAUUACCAUCCAAGCUUGGAUGAACUAUUUCCUGAUGAAGUAGUAGCUAAUGAAGUAGUUGGUGAACAUGCCAUCCCAGAGCCUGGGAAUUCAAGCAACACUCAUGGGGAGAGGUCUGCUCAAAAACCUGUCAAAAUAGGAGGUAAAAAACGGAAAUCUAUAGACCGGCUGGAGUGUGUCCUUGAUAUCAUGAACAAGAUGAAUGACAAUACAACCGCACGGCUAGAUACCUUAUAAAAAAGGAUAGGAUACGAGUUCGAAUAAAGUGCUAAGCGGGAAGAGGUCUACAAGCUGCUAGGACAAAUCUCCGGGUUAACAAUGAAGCAAAAAUUCUACACAUCUGCAAAACUUGUCAAAGAGUCGGAGCUGUUGGAUCUCUUCAGGAGUAUGCCGGAGGAUGACCGCCCUGAAUUUGUGGUGUUCAAGCUGGAAAGUGAUGGCAUGAUAUAGCAGUCAGAUCGACUGGUUAGACUGUUUUCCAUCUUUUUUUGAACUUUGCUAGUGCAAAUGGUGGAAUGGUUAUUAGGUUUUUUUGAUGAUGGCUCCAUGAUGGGCCAAACAUUCAACAAUAUGCUAUCUUGUUUUGUAGUUGUGGAACUAAAUGACUUUGUAAUUUUUGUAAAGAAGCUUUGUUUAUUUCCUCAUUCUAAUGGAAGUGAUCAAUGUUGCCUU